CAUCUCUCCACUUUUUUAUAGUAAUCAACAAUCAAGAAAAAAGGAAUCAAUGUUCGUGCCAUCGAUUUUCAUUUCGUCUCCACGCAAAAGGGGCUUUUUAGUUUUUAGGUUUUCUUAAUUAAUCCAAUGAUUAUGAUCCAUCAAACACCCCCUUUAAUUAAACCCAUCUGAAUUGCCCUUUUUAUCUCUCUCUUUCACCUCUCUCAGUUUUCGUCUCCUCCUGUCCAUUUUUUCUUGAGCUUGUUGGGGAUGAAAAGCUCCGAGUAGGGUAUUUCUUGUCUCGGAGGUUUUUCCUUCCUCUUUUUGGGUGUUUGUAAGGGUUUUGGUAGAAGAGUUUGCAUAUGGGGAAUGCGAAUGGAAGGGAGGAGGCCGGCGGCGAGAGCCCAUCUGAGGCGGAGGACGGCGGGAGUGCGCAGGUUAUCAUGGCCGACGGCGAUGGUGCGCUCGUCGGCGAAUAUAUGGGACAAUCGCCUCCCGCAAGCCCUAGGGCUUCUCAAUCUCCUUUGAUGUUCAGACCCCAGAUGCCCGUGGUCCCUUUACAAAGACCUGACGAGCUGCAAAUCCCAAACCCUUCAUGGAUGCAAACAGGCUCGACUUAUGAAGACACGUAUAACGAGCAAGGAAUUCCAACUAUGAUCACGUGGAGCUAUGGUGGAAAAGAUGUUGCUGUCGAAGGAUCAUGGGAUGACUGGAAAACUAGGAAGCCCUUGCAAAAGUCUGGAAAGGAUUUCACUAUCAUGAUGGUACUUCCUUCAGGGGUUUAUCAGUACAGGUUUAUUGUCGAUGGACAGUUGAAGUACACCACAGAUCAGCCUUGGGAGAAAGAUGAAUCUGGAAAUGCUUAUAACAUUUUAGACUUGCAGGACUAUGUGCCGGAAGACCUUGACAGCAUAUCGGGAUUCGAGCCGCCUCAAUCACCGGACUCGACUUACAACAACUCGCAACUCAGUCAAGAGGACUUUGCAAAAGAGCCUCCAAUGGCACCUCCACAUCUGAAUCUGACAUUGCUUAACGCCCCCUCAUCCCACAUGGAAAUCCCGGCCCCACACUCGAGGCCUCAGCAUGUGGUUUUAAACCAUCUCUACAUGCACAAGGAUCGGGCCCACCCUUCGGUUGUGGCCCUCGGCUCGACUAAUCGGUUCUUGUCGAAGUAUGUGACUGUGGUGCUUUACAAGGCCAUACAGAGCUGAAGAUUUCUUGU